GGCAGCAGUGGCGGCUUGGCUGCGAAGCGCCUUGACGCUCUUUUCUCCAGCUCAGCCCAGCCCGACCCCUUAUGGCAGCGGCUGCUCCAGCCUCCUGGCUCUCCUCCUCCUCCUUCUUGGCCGCCCUUGCUCCUGCCACUCCCCGGGCUGGGCUAGGCCCCUGGAUAUCUCUGCCGAAACUCUCAGGAUCCUCUUCCUCUUCACCAUGCUAGGACUUGGGUGCUGCUUCUUCCUAGCUUGCUGUUGGCUGGGGCCCCCGGGAUGCUAAGCCGCCCCCGACGCCUCUUUCUGCCCGCCUGUCCGAGACCGACCUGCUUUGGGAAGUUUCCCUCUCGCGACCGCUCUAGAGUUGACUCCAGAAGUCAUGGUGUUGUGGGAAUCUUCCGCAGCUCGCCAGUGCAGCAGCUGGACACUUUGCGACUGCUUUUGCUGGUUGCUUCUGCCGGUGACGCUGCUCAUCGUCGCCCGGCCGGACAAACUUGCAGCCUUCCCUACCUCCUUAAGUGACUGCCAAACGCCGACCGGCUGGAAUUGCUCCGGUUACGAUGACAGAGAAAAUGAUCUCUUUCUCUGUGACACCAAUACUUGCAAAUUUGACGGGGAGUGCUUAAGGAUUGGUGAUACCGUGACUUGCGUCUGUCAGUUCAAGUGUAACAGCGACUAUGUGCCUGUGUGUGGGUCCAAUGGCGACACCUAUCAGAAUGAAUGCUAUCUGAGGCAAGCUGCCUGCAAGCAGCAAAGUGAAAUACUUGUGGCGUCAGAAGGAUCGUGUGCCACCGGGAGUGAAGGUUCGGGAGAAACCAUUCAAAAGGAAACAUCCACCUGUGACAUUUGUCAGUUUGGGGCAGAGUGCGAUGAAGAUGCAGAGGAUGUUUG